AUGCCAAAAAAGUUUGACGAGGGGUUAAGUUCGCACCGUUGUGCGAUGCUUCGGGAAUAUGAAGUAUCCCAAGAGCUUGUUGUGGGGGUACGGGCAGGAGUUAUCCAGCCUUACUCACGGGCUGGACUGUCCAGCCCUCCCUCACGGCCUGGACAGGAAGAGAGAGGGCUGGUCUUGGACGUUGAGGGGCUGUUGAACCGAGAGAGAAAGGGAUUCGGUUGGAUUUUUGGUGAUAGGAUGGAUGAGGUUUUUGGGGUUUACACACGCCAAGCGCUUGUGUUUUUUGCUUAUGAGAGAAUGAGGUUGCUUGGGAGAGGUUUUUUCUUUUUGGUGUUCCUGCGGCUGGAUGAGAAAAGUGGCCAUGGGUCUGUAGUUCCCGUGGUGGCUGUUUUGGGGGAAAGAAUGGUGGAUCUCCGAUGUGUGCCUGCUGAGUUUAGCAAGGUGGGUUUGUGGAGAGACUGGAGUCCAGGUCUGUGGCUGUUGUAG